UUAUACGCGUAAGUGCGUAGUAAUUCCCUUAAACGAAUGUUUGAGCUUGUUUAAACUUAAACAUGCUGAUCAACGAUCAACUCAGGAUUAACUGAAACGAUCGCACCUUAAUUAAGAGACACGAGGGAUCUAUCUUUUUGGAAGUACAGACGGAACAGUUGAGAUGGGAAGGGACGCUUUUUUUUCUAAAUUUAUGUUCGCAGAUAACUGACUUUGGAAUUAUUGAGAUAAUUGCUGCCGUUAAAAAGGAUGCUUCUGUAACUACUGUAUAAGUGGAAGGAGCCGUCCACAGUCUUGUGAAAGUGAAGACAACAUAAUUUCAGUGCAUUCGUAAGGACGGACUGUUUGUCUGAAACAAUGCAUUUAAAACAGGAAAGACAGUUUUCUUGCUAAUAUUAAAGACUGAACACAAUUUUAUUGUAUCAUAUCGUUUACCCACAGACCCAAUCAGAGACUCCACGAUAGAAUAUGAGAACAAAAACAUAAAAUUUAUUUUUUUCAAGUCGUAAAAGAUGGGGAAUGUCUGGCCAAGGACGUCAAAUGAGAAGCAAGUGCGCACUGAUCUGUUUUUGGAAAGAGCGGUGCUGUAUGGCGGCAUAAUACCUGGCGUAUUACUGGGUCUACUAGGACUGAUCGUUUUCAACUUUGUGACCAGACUUGAGUGUUAUCCCAGCCAUAAUGUGAGCCGCAUCGGAUACAGCGCCGCCCUGGUGGAGGACUACUGCUGGACACACUACGAUGCUUACGAGCCUCGGAACUUCACCAAUGGAUCGAGGACAUACACAGAAAUCGACAGCAAAAACAAAACACAAAAUAUCACUGAAAAUUACGAAUACGUCUACAGUAGAACUAGUCGGUCUUUGCCGCACAAAUAUUUAUCCAUUUUGCUCCUUGUUCAAGCUGCAACGUUACUUAUUCCGUGGAUCUUCUGGCGCGCAAGCGCGGUUGAGGAAUUGAAGACGAGCAUCAGCGCCAUUUUGUGGCACUGUAAUAAUUUGACAAAACAAUAUCAGCAUUUUGAAGCUGAUGAAACAGACGAGUUAACCAUAUCUGAAAACAUAGAUGGAUAUUUAGAAUGCCUUCAUUUUCUGCUUCGUUCAAAGAUGAGAAAACUCUACUGGCUGUACUUUGUAAAAUGUGUGCUUUAUUUUGCCAUUCUUUUAGCAUGGUUCAUUGGAUUUAUCUUUCUCGUAGCAGGCAACUUUGCCUCAAUCUUUGAACGAAAUUUUUGGUGCUUAUUUGACCCGAGAAUAGACACAUAUUUAUUUCAAAGAUAUCAGACUUGGUAUCCAUUGGAUGAAAGGUACGUUUUCAUAAAAUGCUCUCUGUACGCAUUCUUUCUACUGAUUAUAAUUUGGUGCAUCAAUGUUGUGCUCCUGGGAAUCCUCCUCCUUACGGUACUCAUUCACAUGAUAGUGGACCUGUGUAUUCCAUCCAGUUUCGAUGGAACCUUUAUGCAUCAGACGGUCCCAGGAGCAGCAGACGACCGAUUAGCACAACAGAUACAAGGUGACUACGCGUCCCAGUAUUACGGACUUUUCUCCAAAUUUUGCACGACUAAUGCAGGGAACUUUUUGGAUAAUUAUGCAGUGUCACAGUCAAUAACAGCAAAGAACCAACUUCUCUACGAUUCAGAAAACGACGAAUAUUACAGAAAAGGAGAAAGCUGUGCGCCAAUACUUACUAAAGGUCAAGUGGCACGCGUUAAGAAACGUGACAAAUCGUCACGAAAUUCAAAUUCUAAAUCGAAAUCGUCGAAAGGAAGCAAAAGUUCGACAAAAAUAAACGAUUCGAGUAAAGUCAAUGAAAACGUGAAUGCAAGUAAAACAUCAAAGACAACAGAGUCUACGAACGUCAACGAAAAUGUGAACGUUAAAUCAAACAGAAAUGUAAAAGAAAACAAUAAUUCAAGUACGGUCACCAAUGUGAAAAAGACCACCGCCAACGUGUAUUCGAUCAACCUGGAUGAGUACGAAACCAACUACCAGAGGGCAGCACAGUCUAAGAGAGGAAAAUCUCGCAAACGAAACUGGGGACUGUUUGGUUGGCCUUGGGGAGGAGGCAAGAGCGGGAACGGUGGAAAAGAUAAGGGGCACGGCGCGUCAGACGGAUCGUCUGGGUAUGUUUCUGACGGUGAUAAAAAGUGGAAAAAUCAGACGACGCAAACAAAGCCAAGACGAGAACGUAAAGGAGCCUCAGAAAGAAAGGCCGGACGAAAGUUCCCAAAUGGCAUCCAUGCUCGACAUGUGAACGUAUUUCCUACAGAUCACGAUGAACAUAGGAGGUUCUCUCCUCGAAGGAAGCUAAAAAUCGGACCUGCAGACGACAACUUCCUUGAGCAGUAUCAUACACCACGUGGGCAAACGGAUGAUGAAAAUGAAGCAGAUGAUCUUACAAAAGACCCAAUUGACGCCAUUGGUAAUGCCAACUCUGGAAAUAAUGGGGACAGCACAAACGGAGAAAAUGUACCAUCGACCACUAAAAAUAGCGAUGGUAUUGAUAACUCGACAAGCAAGCUCCAAGAUCCAUAUUACUUUCCUCCGAUUGGACCCAUCCAAAAAGGCGAAAACGGACAAGGAAACAGAAACGGGUCUGAGCCUGGGCACGGAAUCUCAACUGGAAGUAGUUCGAACUCUCCGCGCCCUCACGUGACCUUUGCUUCCACAGGCAGACACGGAGGCCUGGCGGCAGGAACAAGACUAAAGGCCAACCAACGGAGACGAGGAUUACACCCUUACGGUUCUCCAUCAGGUGACCACGGAUAUGUGACGUCAGAUACCGAUGGUGAAGUUCACACACCGCGCGUGCGAUACUGUUCACACGAGGACGGGGAUGAUUACAUGAAGUUUAUUGACAAGCCUCGGAAAACGAGGACAGUAAAUGUUUGGAGGCCGUGACCAAGUCAAAAACAUACAGAUACGGACAGUUCUCGUAGUUUAAUAGAAAUAAAUUAUAGGUUUCAGUGCCCAGUGACUCACUUAACAAGUGGGUGUGAACCGGACGUACGUUGAGUCGAUGAAUGAGACUUGAGCUUUAAAAAGUUUUAUUCGCACUGAAUUCAACAAAAAUAUUGAUUGACAUUUCGCACACCACCAGACAGACAAGCACAGUUCACAGCCGUUAGAUCAAGAAGAACGAUCCCAUGCAUAUUUUUUUCUAUUGCAUGCAUGGAGUGACUAGUUUGAAUACCGCAUAUGUAUAUACAACUGCCUUAGAUGUACCGAUAAAAAUAUAUUAACGCCUCACUUAAAAAUAUAUAUAUGUUAAUGAAUAAAAUAGCAUGGUGGCGUACUGUUUUUAUGUUGUGAGAGAGAGACUGAUAAAUUUUUCAUAUUUUCAUAAUAUUAGUUAUCUGAAUGAAAUUCGUUUAAUUGCUCAUUUGCAUAAGACUAUAUUCAAUUGAUAAUGUAACUUUUUUGUAAUACUUAAUGGGGUAUAUAUACAUGUUCUCCUAUUCCUAUAUAAGUGGUCAACCGAACAACUGCCGACUGUUACAUGA